UAUCAUGCCUCGUCAAAAAAUAUUUAUUGUUGGUGUUAUGAAAAACCAAAUACUCGGUAGUAAAUUACCAUCUAAAAAAGACGUUUUAAGUGUUUUAUUUUUUAAUAUGCGGAUGGUAAAAUUAACGCUACAAGAUAGUAUUUCAUUGGUUAUUGAUGAAUGUUUAAUUUUUUGGAAAAAAGCCCGAAUACCAACUCGAGAUCGAUGUCAUUGCUUAAAACAAUUGAAAAAACUCUAUGAAGAAUUACGAAACCUCGAAAAAAGUAAAAAUCGGAAUAGUGAGUUAUGUAGGCAGAGAGAGCAUAGUUUCGAAGAAAAUUUAAAUGAUUUAUUUGAUAUUGCGCAUGCAUUUGCUAUGGAUAUGAUAAAAAUAAAUGAAGAUAAAGAAUUUUUAAACUUUCAACGACAAAAAGGCCGCCCUGGGUGUAUGCUUGGUACGGAUGUAAAAUUAGCCGGAAUUGAAAAACGAAAACAUAAUCGUGUAAAAAAAAACAUCGAAGUACAAGAAAAGCAGUGUUCGUCAAAAUCUGAAGAAGUUGAAUUGAAUUCUACAUUUAGUUCGGAAGAAGUAGAAUCUAUUGAUUCUGUUACAGAGACCGAAAGUUCUAGUUCUCCAAUCCCGUGUACAAUGCAAAUGAAAAGGGCACGAUUAGAAAUAUUGACACCUCGACUUUCUGCUGUACUUGAUAAAUGUAAGAUCAGCGAUAGAGAUGCUGUUCAUUUAUUAACAGCCUGCGUGGAAGCAACUUCUCUAAAUCCAUUUAACCUAAAUUAUUUUCUUAUAGUAAUGAACAAAAUUUGGGGGUGCUCAAUAAAAAGUUUGAAAGUUUAA